AUGUAUCCGACUCAUGAUGUUGCCAUCCUAUCACCAUCUAUUGAUCUACCACAACAACAAAAACAACACCAACAACAACCAUUAAAUAUCAAAUUCUCUGUUUGGCAUACAUUUAAACAUCAUAUUCCAAGGUUUUUAAUUACUAUUAUUAUUGAUGUUAUUCUACCGCUUGUUAUCUAUAUACAUCUUCAAAAAUAUAUCAGACCUGUUUUUGCACUUUUAAUUGCAGGUAGUCCACCUUUGUUUAUGGUUAUUUUCAAAGCUAUAUGGUUAUGUACGUUUGAUGCACUUGGAUUUCUCGUUUUUUUUUCUUUUGCUGUUACUGCUUUGGUUGCUGUUAUUUCACGUAAUCCGAUUAUACUUUUAUUAGAAAAAUCUUUAAUAACUGGUGUUCUAUCAUUUAUUUUUGGUAUAACUUUAAUACCAUUUCGAUGUUUAAAACAUCGUUGUCGUUGGCGACCGAUGGCUUAUUAUUUUUAUCAAGAUUUAGUACCAACAAAACGAAAGGAUGUUGGUUUACCUGAUAAUUUAUUUUCUAAUGAAAAUGAACAAAUUGAUAAUAAUUAUGUUAAACUUAAAGAAGAAGUAACAAUAGAAAGAGUAGUAUCUCAUAAACAAGAAGUUGCUCAAGUGUAUGAAUGGCUUUAUUUAAAUUGUAAAUCAUUUCGUUUAUCAUGUAAAUUAAUAACAAGUAUUUGGUCAAUGGGAUAUCUUAUGGAAUUUCUUGUACGAAUGUCACUUAUACUUGCUCAUUUUUCCGUUAAUCAAAUUGUUAUCUAUGGACAUAUUAUACUUAGUUUGAUAACAGUAUUAAUGAUUUUAUUCACAGUUAUUUGUAUAACAAUCGAAAGAAAAUAUACAUUAGCAUUUAUUGAUCGUUGGAGAAUAGAAUAUUAUAAUACGCAACAAUGUCAACAACGAAGAUCAUCAGAUUUAUCGUAUUCAAUAGUAAUCGUUAACAGUGAUUCAAAUUGUAUUUUAAGUGUUAAUGCAUGA